AUGUCGGACGCAGUUCCUCCACCCAGAGGCCAAGAACAACCCGCCGCCAAUUCCACUUGUGACUCCACCCACACUGCCAACGGAUCCGACAUUAGCAGGGCCAAAGAGUGGUUCAAGGCUGUGCUCAAGAUCCAACAUUCAGCUAUCUCACAGGCUCAGGAAGACCGCCACCAGGCCUUAGAAGGUCGUCAAGCAGAUUGGCAAAUUAUUCUUGCCGCUCAUCAAGCCAGUGCAGAUUGCAUUGGCCAAUUGGAGGACCUACUUCUUGUGAUGAAUAUCAAGACGAACAGACGGGCUCAAACCUUGCAAAGCCUAUUCAACUUCAACUCCAAGAAGUUCUCCAAGCUUGGGGACCUCCAGCUGGCUCAAUUUGUCUUGUAUGGCCUACCCAACGCCCUUCAAGAUAGGAUGAACAAGCGCCAGCUCCUGGAGGCAUCCCCUUUUGCGUACAGACAGUUCGAGAAGCAGGCAAAUGCAUCAUUCCUUGUGUUACAUUGCCCCAUGGAAUUGCCACCGCUGGCCAAGUCAAAUCCCAACGCACCACCAACGCUAGGCCGCAACGAGUUCAUAUGGCAAGUCCAUGCGUAUCUAGACUUGCAGGGACUCUGCCACUUCUGCAAGAAACACUGCAGGAACGCCACAGGGUCCUGUCCCGGACCAAUUGAACGCUCUCAUAUCAACAUCCCUAACAACUUUCAAACACCCAUCAAGCCACCUAAUUACAUUGCCCCCUGCGCCUGGGGCAAGGAAGUUCAACCAACUUCUCUUGAAUGA